UGAGUGCCAGUGUAUGAGCCAUUGAGCCUUGGAGCCAAGGCUAGUGCUGUUGCGCGAAGGAGCCGAGGCACCCCGCGCCCAGCGCAAGGGCCUCAUCUCCUUUUGCGAGGAUCCAAGGCGGCCAUGGAUCGCGGCAAGAGCACAGUAGCCCGAGGACGGAGGCGAGGCCCACCUCCACCUCUACCCGUCCACGCCCCACACGGGCGCUGGCGUGACACACCACCGCCCUCGGCGGCGGCUUGGGUGCAGGCAAGGCGUUCGACGGAACGCCCCCCUGCUCCCGAGCCGGCAAGGCCCAGCGCGGGACGAGAACUGGAGCUCCUGUCGUGGGCGGACCUCCCGGCGGACAUCCUGGGGCUCAUUGUCAGUCGUCUCCCCCGCGUCGACGACCGCGCCAGGCUGCGCUCCGUCUGCCGGGCGUGGCGCGCCGCGGCGCGCGUCUACGGGCGGCCGCCGCCGCCGCUCCCACUACUCGUGCUCUCCGACUUCUCCUUCUCCGCCUUGUGCGCCGGCGGGGCUAUGACGGGCACACGACGCAUCCCGCUGCCCUCACAGGAGAUGGCGGCUGGCGUCCGCUGCGUGGGCUCCUCCGACGGGUGGCUCGUCGGCGUGCAGCUCAACGAAGGUCGCUACUUUGGUGACAGCCAGUGUUUCCUGAUGAACGCUUUCUACCAGGACGUCGUGCGCCUCCCGCCGCCUUCCGUAAACACCCACUCCCUUGAUGCGUUCAGUAAAUCUCUCCCCAUCGCCAAUGGCUCAGGUGCAGUGCAAUGCACGGUCAAUGGCGCCCGGUAUGUGAUGUCGUUCUGCAAGGUACUCUUGUCCUCCUCACCUGACCAUGAUGGCAACUGCAUCGUGGCUGCCUUCUCCGUGCACAGAAGCACAGCUAGCCUUGCCCUCUGGCGGCCUGGGAUGGCAUCGUGGUGCGUGUGCCAAGGUGGCUGCAUCAGUAAGUUCAGUGACAUUGCCUUGUACCAGGGGAAGGUGUACAUGUUUAGCAAGGUCACCACGAACCUCUUUGUCUUUGACAUCUCUGAAGACGAGAGAGGCCUAAUGGUUUCUCGUGUUGAGCGCUGUGUGACUGAACUGCCUGAUGUCAAGGAUAGCUAUGGACAGAGGUGGAACUUAGUUGAGUGGCGUGGGAAACUAUUGCUGGUUGUGAUAUACUUGGGACCUGAAGGCUGGUACAAUAUUUGUAAGGUUGGGGUAUUUGAGGUGGACUUGAGCACAAACCCUUUCAGAUUCACUGAGACCAACAGCUUGGAUGGCGACUGCAUUUUCAUCAGCCCCUGCAGCAGCAAUUCAUUCUGUGCAUGUCCGUAUGACGGAGUCGAAGAUGAUCUUAUCUACUUCAUUGGUAGCCUCAACCACUCAAGAAAUGCGUCCCCUUUGGAUAAGUUUGUGUACAACAUGAGGGAUGGUACAUUGGCGCCAUUUGCUUUGGAAAUAACAGACGACGACCUUCGGGCACCAGAUGGCAGCCGGAUGAAUCCAACAUGGCUACUUCCUUCUGAAUGAACAGCUGCUAUAGAUCAAUUCUGGUAAUUGCGCUGCUACCUUGAUGUGAUGUGCCAUGCUAUUUCAUUUGGAAGAACUGGAUUCAAGUCUAUAGAUCAAUUUCCAUUGUGCUUAUCUGACA